CUCGAUCGCUCUCCUUGAAGCCUAUAAAAACCCACCCUUGCACUUCAAACCCAAUAUCCUCACAAGUACUUCAAUAACUUUUCUAGUAUAUAUCUACUGUAUACCUACAAUUAGGGUCUGGGAUAUGGCUUCCAAAAGCUCUGCCUCUCUUGCUCUCUUUUUCUCCCUCAAUCUUCUCUUCUUUGCACUUGUCACUGCAUGUGGCACAUGCCCUAGUCCGAAGCCAAAACCAAAGCCGAAGCCAAAGCCCAGCCCCACCCCUUCCCAGGCCUCGUGCCCUAGGGAUGCCCUCAAACUAGGAGUUUGUGCUGAUCUGCUGGGUAGUUUGCUUAACGUUACCGUCGGCACCCCUCCGGUAACUCCCUGCUGCACUCUCAUACAGGGCCUUGCUGACCUUGAGGCAGCUAUCUGUCUUUGCACUGCCAUCAAAGCUAAUAUACUGGGCAUCAACCUCAACAUCCCACUUUCCCUCAGCUUGCUUCUCAAUGUUUGUUCAAAGAACGUUCCAUCUGGGUUCCAGUGUGCCUAGAAAGUGAAACGUUGAUCAUCUCUCUGGCUUUCCCUGGCUUUCAACUAUAAUAAUCUAUUAUAUUUCAUGUGUGUUGUAAGUAGGAAAUAUUGCUCGUUUUCCUUGUUAUAGCGGUUUUCGGAUUUCCGUGUGAUCCUGUCAAUAUGGGUGAUUAUGAAUCUAUUGUAUUUCAUGUGUGUUGUAAGUAGGAAAUAUUGCUCGUUUUCCUUGUUAUAGCGGUUUUCGGAUUUCCGUGUGAUCCUGUCAAUAUGGGUGAUUAUGAAUAAGUAUUCAUACUGAUGUUUGCUUGUGUAAUUCUAUGGGAAAUGGAAAAACAUUUAUCUUUAUUUCGUA